AUGAUGGUGAAUGAACUCUACAAUGAAGUGUACAAUCCGGUUCUUCUCUACAAAGCUCAGCAUAUUCCAGAGCCAGAUUACCCUUCAUUACCUGAUGAUGCAUUUGUAUUUGCCCUGCAGACAGAGUGGCAAAGGGAACUCUAUGAGAGAUUCUCUGGGAGUGUACUCUGCAUCGAUUCAACACAUGGUACAAACCCAUACAAGUUCAAACUGGUGACAUGCAUAGUGCCUGAUGAGUUUGGUAAAGGUCAGCCUGUGGCAUGGUGUAUCACUAACUAUGAAACCACAGAUUAUUUUAUGACUAGAGAGCCUCAAACGGCAUGGAAACAGCAAAUUCGCAGUGUAAAAGCUGAGUGCCAGCAAGAUCUGUACCAGACCCUCUGCCUACUAGAAAGUGAACCAAGCGUGGCGGUUUUCCUUGAGAGACUGGCAAAAUUUCUGGAAAUGUGGAGGACCAAGGAAGCAAACUUUGUGGCAUACUUUCCAAUCGUACAGAAAAAUGGGCGCGGUGCUGACACAGACACGAAUAUGUACCUAGAAAGUUUUCACAACAACCUGAAAACACACUAUCUGAAUGGGAAAGUGAACCGCAGGGUGGAUUAUCUUAUUCAUGUUCUACUUGAGGUUGAGACUGACUGCUUCUUCAACUACAACCAAAGGCGUAUUCUCAGUGGAUUAAAUCCCAGAAAGUUGAGAGAAGAAGAACGCCAUCAGCAGGGAAUGAAAAUUGACACAACACUGAUACAGGUACAGUCAGUUAAUGUUGCCGAUCAUCGCCUCGUCAACACUGUUUUGGGGGUGAGGGCUGUAAUUCUCCUUGCACUUCCGCUUCAUGUGUGUGAUGCUGGGGAGAACCUUCUGCAGAUAAUGGUACCCAGGCUCAUUCUGUGAAGGUAAGCGGGUGUUGUCGACGAAGUGCAGGUAGCGAGAUAUCUGUUCGAAGCGGUCGCGUGUCUUCGACGCAAUGAACGUGUUGCGCAGCUUGUCGUCAGUGGACCAGUAGUCACGGAUCUCGGGAAGGCGAUUUAUCCCCAUGACUACCAUGAAGCCAAGAUAGGCUUUCAGUUCUUCAACUGAGGUUGUCCACGUGGCGUUACUGUAUGCAUUUUAUUACUGGGAUAAAUACAGAUCUGUUUGUGU